AUGUAUGGACAGGAUGUGAUGCACCGGAGCCACGCACAGCACUGCCCCAAGGUAACACAGGUUGUUAAGAUGAACGCUCUCCAGGUGCUCUCUCUGGUUCUGCUCUCCGUCUUUGCGGCUCAGGCUCAGGUCCUGAUGCCCGGCCGCUGCCCUCAGCCUGCGGUGCAGAAAGACUUUGAUGCUGCCCGGUAUCUGGGUACCUGGUUCGACAUCGUGAAGCUGCCGCACGCGUUCCAGAAGGGACAGUGCAGCACCGCCACCUACUCCCUGCAGAGCCCUGGGGUGGUGGGCGUGCUGAACAGAGAGCUGCUUGCCGAUGGAACCAUCAACAGCAUCAGUGGAUCUGCUACUGCCCUGGACCCGUCCGAGCCCGCCAAACUGUCCGUGUCCUUCUUCGAGAACGCCCCCCCUGCUCCUUACUGGGUGCUGGACACUGACUACGACAGCUACGCCCUGGUCUACAGCUGCACAGACCUGGGUCUGCUGCACGCAGACUUCGUCUGGAUCAUGAGCCGAGAGCCCACCAUGUCCUCCAUCACUCUGGCCAAACUGAGCACUCAGCUGGCCUCUAUCGGGGUCCGCCUGGACAAACUGCAGCCCACCAACCAGGACGAGGAGUACUGCAGCCCCAUGUAG